AGAUCAUUCUGAAUUUGGCAAUGCAGCAGAGAAUGAAGCAGCAAGUGGUAUUGCCUUUUGCUUUAAGAAAACAGUUGGAACAAGACAAGUCAAAGACAACUGGAUUGAAAGACUCUAGUUUAUGGGCUCUUCGACAGCGAAAGAGAAAAAGAAAAGAGCGUAAACUGGUCAAGAGAAGACCUCAACAAAAAGUAUCACGGACACCGACAAAGGUAUUCUCUUCUUCAUCAGGAAAGAAGAAAACUCAUCGACCAACCCCAAAAGUUGAAACACAAAACUCUGCAAACCCAAGUCCUUUGAAAAACGGGGUUCCACUGCAACGAAAGAUUCGGGCUCUCUUGAAUCGAGUUUCGGAAGGCAACGCAGAAAGUAUUGCUAGGAGUUUGGAGGCUUUGUUGGAGUCUUUAUCCGAUGAAACUGAAAGGGAACACUUUCACUCCUCCCUAGUCAGACUCUUAUUGGAAUCGCUCAAUAAUCACUCGAGUUUGGUGUCUUCUGUACAUCCGUAUGCUUCAAGUUUUGCUGCAAUUGUAGCUUUCUUUCAUUUUAGGGAUUACUACUCUAUCUCUACUCGUCUAGUGUACCCAUUGGUGCAGCAAAUAAUAUCUUCAUACCAAUCAAAUGCACAGGAUGUUAAAGCUUUACAAGAUUCUGAUUCCAAUGUGGAUAUAUUUUCAUUGUUGGUAUUGGUAAUGGAGCUUUAUAAGCUGCAAGUCAUUCAUUGCCAAGUGAUUUACGAACUCAUACGUUAUUUUGCGAGCAAUCUUUCGGAGCUAACUGCCCAGUGUUUGUUAGUGAUGAUUCGACGUUGUGGAGUGGAACUGCGUAAGGAUGAUCCUCAAGCUUUGAAGCACAUCAUCGAAUACAUUCGUGAAAAUGCAGAAGCCCAAAGAAAGAGUGCUCAUAUGUCUAAAGUAUUUUCUACUCGUUUAGAAAUGAUUUUAGAAUUGAUUUAUGAUUGGAAAGAUAACAAACUGGUAAACAAAGAUAGUAACCCAUCAUUUCCGUGGAUAGCCAGUCUGAUAGCCUCGUCAUCUUUUCGUACUGAUCGUCGUCUUCAAUUUUCCUUGAAAGAGUUGCAAGAUGGUCGCAUACUUUAUAACGACAAGAGUAAAGAGGAGAAAGAUCUUUUGAAAGCUGACUGUCCGAAGCUUUCCAUCAAGAAAGAGGAGGAGAUUAGCCAAAUCAAGCAAGAGGAAAAGGAUUCUGUUGAUCAAUUUGUUAGAUUGCAAAGACUGAAUACGGAUACACGUCGCAAUAUAUUUCGAAUGAUCAUGACAUCUGAAGACGUCGUUGAUGCUGAACAUAGACUCGUUGCCUAUGGAGGAAAAAGGAAAUCAUUAUUACUUGAAAUUGCCAAUAUGGUGAUAUUCGGAUGUUGUCAUGAACGACAAUUCAAUACCUUUUAUGUGGCACUGACUAAGCGUUUAUGUGUUUAUUCGUCGAGAUAUAAGAAAGCUUUUCAAUUUUCAUUAUGGCAAAUUUGGAAGAGAAUGGAACAAGGAGAGAAAUGGUCAUCCACUCCAUUGAAAAACUUGUCAAGUUACAUAGGAGAACUAAUAUUCGAAAGAACGAUGUCGAUAUCUUGUUUCCGAGUUUUACCGAAUUUAUCCCAUUUUACUCCUUCUUUGAGAACGUUGCUUUAUCUUAUCUUAGAAAAGGCUAAAAAUCGUUGUCAUGAUGACUUGUUGGUAUUGCUCAAGGAAAAUAUUUCGGAUACUCGAUGCCAAACAUUUUACUAUACUUUGUACUUUUUGCUUCAGGACUGGAAACAGGAAAAUCAUUCAAGAGUGAAUGAGUGGUUACAUUUUCUACAAACUUGUAACUUGUUCCAAUUAGAAUAAUUUUUAAGACAACAAGACGGCUG